UAUCUAGAUUUUUAACAUUACUUCAUCAGCAUUGCCAAAUAUUGGUUACUUCGUAUCUAAUUUUAUUCGAAUAUAUUGCAUAUAAACCGAUAAAAACAGAUAAAACUAACACAAAUCUAUAUUACUCCAUUAUCGCUCAUCUAACGAGUGUGAACUUACUUCCUUUCUAAUUAAAACUUCCGGUUGUCAUUUUUUAAAGAAUUUGGACCUCGACCUUUUCUAUGAUUAAACUGCUUUUAUUGCAAAAUGGAAAUUGCACCGUGGCUAAAAUCUCUUAUUAUCGCAUUCACGGCGAUUCCAAUAACUUACAAUGUGAAUUUAGUGCAGACAAUGGAGUUAGAAGGAAUGAUACCAUUGAUUGGAUUCUCAAUAUUAUUAGGUGUUGUCAUGGUUAUGUACUUUCUCCUUAGGGAGAACAGACCACAUGAUCCAUUCUACUACUUCUAUACCCUCGCAUCAUUUGGUGCAAUCUGUAGUAUGUUGAUUGCUCUGGAGGCCGACAAGUAUAUCAAUGGAUUCUUCGCAUUUUAUUUCAAGAACGGGGAAGUGUAUCUAACAACACCAUAUGGAGCUCUAUGUUCGUAUUGGGAUGGAACGGGACAUUUAGCAAUGUAUUUGCUUAUGAUGCGUGCCAUUUCCAACAAACAGAACUACAGGAUACUAGGACUUUACUGGGCAGGCUCACUAAUCAACAGUAUGAUUGUUCUUUUAGUCGGCAGCGUCGUUGGGAACUUUGGAAUCAAAUCCGCUUAUCUUAUGAACAUGCCAUGGUUCAUUUUCCCGAUUAUUGCAACAGGAUGCUUUUUAAAGCAAAGACCAAACCAGAGCAUAUCAGUUAAAAUGGCUAAUGAACAUCAUGUUACUAUCUUCCAACGGCCUCAAGAUAUCUUCUUUAUACUUUACCUUGUCGCAGCCUUGGUAGUUUCAAUAAUCCGUGGAUUUUCACUGCUCGGAUGUGACAUGGAAUUUUUCACAAGUUACCUGAGUAACAUUGAGCCUUAUUUGAAUGAUCCCGCUUCUUACGGAAAAAUGCAAGGAUUUGUUUACUUCUUUUACUUUUCACUUUACUACGUGAUGGCAAUUUAUGGAUUUCUUUCCCCUGGUCAGUCAUGGAUGGUUGACUGGUCCAUGAUUCAUGCAGGAGCAGCGAUUCAAUCCCAAGUAUGCUUCAUAGGAGGAGCCCUUUACCCAAGAACCCCAGCUGAUUUUAGAGUAAAGAUGUUUCCACAAGGAAACAUGUGGUUCUGGUUAAUUAAUCUUGGGCUUGCCAUUGUGCCUCAGUUGAUCGCUUAUCGCUGUUACAAUCAAAGAAAGUUCUUUACACCACAAGUCAGUAAGAAACAAUAUUGAAUCAUAAUGGAUUCUAAACAUUUAAAAAUACUGUAAAGUG